AUGAACGGACACGCUGCCUCCAAGGUGUCGCUAUCACACGAAGAGGGUAUGGGUCUGUUGGACGAGAAGACGUUGUCCGACGUCGAGAGCGAGAGCGGUAGGGCCGACCUCGAAGUCCGCUUCGCGAUACCGCGAUGGUCGACACUAGCAAGAGGCGUCGUUGGCUACGUGCGGGCCGUGCCAUGGAGGGUCACGCUUAUUCGAAGCCUCAUCUUCCUACUGCCCAGUUUCGUUCAGAGCCGGUUUACAAGAGAACGGAGUCGUCCCGAGAAGCUGUUCCCGACGUCAUACCUCGACGGCAUGCGAGGACUCGCCGCGCUAUUCGUCUUCUUCUGCCACUACUUUUACCAAGCCUUCAUCAUCGCCGAGGGCUGGGGUUCAUCAGAAAAGAACUACCACAUUCUCAAGCUGCCAUUCCUCCGACUCUUCUACCAGGGCCCGCCAGCCGUCUGCCUGUUCUUCGUCAUCUCCGGAUAUGCACUUUCACUGAAACCGAUCAAGCUCAUCCGGAGCCAAAAAUGGGAUGAGUUCUCCGCGACAACGACAUCCCUCAUCUUCCGCCGAUUCAUCAGACUCUACAUGCCCACGGCGAUUUCCACCUUUGGUAUCAUGCUCAUGCUGCAGAUGGGCGUCUACGAAUGGACGAGAGACUUUGCCAUCGAUCGCAAGUGGCACAAGAACGUCAUGGAACCUCACCCCAAGCCAUUGGAUACGUUCUCCGAGCAAAUUUGGGAUUGGGUGUGGAGCAUGUUCAACUUUGUUCACGUCUUCGGCUGGGAGCGGUUUGGUGGAAGCACAUCCUACGACGUCCAUCUCUGGACUAUUCCGGUUGAGUUCCGCUGCUCGAUGUACCUGUUCGUCACUCUCAUCGGUCUGGCCCGUGUUCGCACAGGACUUCGCUUCCUUUUCCUCUGGGGAAUCAUCGCCUUCACCUACCGCAACAACCGCUGGGAACUACUCCUUUUCUACUUUGGUAUGAUGCUAGCUGAAUACGACCUCAUCCUCGGAAACCACAACAACAACCAGCCGCCCGCUGCUCUGCCGUUGAACGAGGCGCCGCCGCAAAAGAGCAGGUUCAAGGGUUUCCUUUGGGCGAUGUUGAGCAUUCUCGCUCUGUACCUCAUGUGCCAGCCUGAUAUCAACUACGAUGUCACUCCUGGCUGGGUCUGGCUUUGCUCCUUCAUUCCCAAGUGGUGGGAAGAGGAAGGUUACCGCUUCUGGCAGUCCAUUGGAUCUGUUCUCUUCGUUCUCGCCGUCAGCCAUUCGCCGAGAUGGAAGUCCUUCUUCAACACCGCGCCCGUCCAGUACUUCGGAAAGAUCAGCUACGCUCUCUACCUCAUGCACGGCCCAGUGAUGCACACUGUCGGCUACACCAUUGAGAGAUUCGUUUACAGCCGCACGGGUAUUGAGGGAUACUGGUACAACACCGGCUUUGUCAUUGGGUCUUUCGGAUGCAUCCCCGCAGUUAUUUGGGCCGCGGACGUUUUCUGGCGGCUCUUUGAUAUCCCGACGGUGCGGUUCGCAAAGUGGUUUGAAACAAAGUGCGCCAUCAAGCAACAGUAA